GCGCGCGCGCACCAGCAGCCUGGGGACUCUGGGGACAAGCGUAGGGAACUUACCCGGCGCCUCCUGGGAAUAUUGACGAUAUUGAGGCAAACGUAGGGAUUUCUGCGACCCGACAGAGGAGUCAGCGUCGGACAACACUGGAAGCGGCGCUUCCCUUCCCUGACGCUGGAAAGGCCUAAUACGGUGGUGUGCGAUCCGUAGUACGUUCCGCCGUUGGCGAUUUGUUGACGAGGCAGGCUCGCGACAUCACGCUCGACAUGGGAGUGGAAGUGCAGACCAUUAAACCGGGAGAUGGACAAACCUUCCCCAAGACGGGGCAGACCGUGGUGGUGCACUACACAGGCACGCUGGCCAACGGGCAGCAGUUCGACUCGUCUCGAGAUCGGGGCAAGCCCUUCAAGUUCCGCAUCGGCAAGGGGGAGGUGAUCAGGGGCUGGGACGAGGGAGUCGCACAGAUGAGCGUUGGGCAGAGAGCAAAGGUGAUCUGCUCUCCAGACUACGCCUACGGAGCAGUGGGGCAUCCGGGGAUCAUCCCCCCGAAUGCGACGCUGACCUUCGACGUGGAGCUAAUCACGCUGGAGUAGGCGGCCAUCCCGACAAGCCCCGCCUCCCCGAGGUCGGUGUGCGUGCGUGUGCCCCGCCGGACGGAACUGUGCCCCAGAGACCACCACACCUUUCAGCUCGCCGGAAGGCGACUCGAGUGCAGCCGCUCCGGCCUCGAAGGAACGACGUCCGGACUAGUCCGGCCUCCGAGUGCGGCUCGAAGGCCGGGCAGGAUGCAGCAGCGGGGACGCGAUUGGGAGGGCGUCUGCUGCUGAGGUGCGCAGACGGUCCGGCUGCGGCUUUUGGCGUUCCGUUCGCGGGCUUGUUCGUCGUUGCACCUCUUGGAUCUGAAGGUUGUGUUUCGUGAUGACCUGGCACUUCGGGGCACCGUUCGGAUGCCAACGCGGUUGUGGUGGUGGCGUUUCCUGGUGUUUUGGAGCAUUUCCUAGUGCCGGCGGUUCAGAACCCGUCAAUCUGGCCGUCGGUGGCAGACACGAAUUGGAAUUUUAUGUAUAUGUUAGUCAUGUGAAUAACUUUGACUGCGUUUUUGCGCAUUGGAAACUGAAAUUUUUAAUCGUGUGACUGGACUUUUUGGGGAAAGUUUGAUUCAGUCAUUUUCGAAAGGGUAGAGAGAAAAGAAAAAAAGGAAGUCCAUACUCUCUACUUGCUUUCUCUUCGGAAACUGAAACUUGGAGACGUCAUCACCAGCACCACCAUCAGCACCACCACCACCACUACCACUUUCUGAAAAAGCAUCCAGUCAGUGGAGUGCUCAAACUUUUCCCCAGCACCAGGGACUUCUACCAUUUGCUCUAGAAAGUACAAUUAUUUUUAUUGUUCCUUUUUGCAAAAAGGCAAGCAUUUUAAUGUCUCGAACUUGCAAGGGAAGAGGCACCCCUAAAAUAUAUCGCCGAUAGUUAUGAGUAAUUUUCUAGCAUGCAUCCAUUCUGCACCUUUUUCUGCAGCAAGAUUUGGCCCACACCUUUUAUGCGAGCAACCUGCCGCCGUUCAGAGGAAAAAUCUCGGGUCGGUUUAUCUCUGUUUAUCGUGGGAUUCAGCUUAGACCAGUGCCCACCUCUCAACAUUGGCAGUAACCAUCACAUUUUGGGCAGUAUGUUUUCCUUGUUGGUCUAUGGUGUGCUGCUGCGAGCUAAGGGGAUGCAGAACAUUGGGCUCCAAUCAAAGUAUCGUGGGCGCCGUACGAACAUCCAGACAAAGCAUCCGAAUUGCUGUACUAAUUUUAACAUUACCGAACGCCGUCUGAAGUUUAGACUGACUCAAGGCCGUAACAGUACGACCAACCAACCCAAACAGGUUCUUCUGCAUUUCCCUCUUGUGCACAAGCCAGAAUUCUAUGAAAUGGGAGAAGGGGCUCACCAACAAAUAAGCGUGUUUCUGGACAGCUGUCGACAGACAGGCCAAGGAUUGCGGUUGCACACGCCGCGUUCGAAGGAACUCUAGCCACUUUGACUGGGCCGGCCGUAGCCACCGCCAAGCAUGCACGGUGUCCGGACGGCCCGUGUCGUCUGCAUCCGAGCGAAGCCCAACCGGCGGUGAAGCGACUGCCGCCCGCUGCAAAGGCAGUGGCGGGAGGAAGGGUCUGGUGGUCCUUUGGGCACCGGCCACACUUGGUGGGGUCCCCCCCAAAACCACUAUGCAGCAGAUCUGGUGUGCCACCCCAUUUCCCCCUUUUUUUUUCCACCCCUGCCUAUGUGAUUGUGUGUGUGUAACCUGUGGGCCAGAAAUAGAGCUGUUUCCAUGAUA